UGACACCCUAUAGCACUACCGUACUUACUGAUAUCAUGCUUUUUCAGAUGGAGCAUCACACAGCUAAAUCUAAACAAAAAGGAGGUGCAUUCAAGCUUCACAGUCAUCCAACAGAUUUCUUUGAUGAUAAUCCUUACUAUUUCAAAUCAGUCCUACCUCCUUCUCAAGAAACAAAGGUCCCACAGAGCAAACCCAAACCUUUCAAACCAAGCUCACCAGCUAAACUGGCUGGUGGUUCCAAAGCUGGGACUUUUGAUGUAUACCCCCAUCAUUCUGAAGACCCCUAUAAUAGUCCAAAGAUGCAACUGGGGGGAAAUGGGAAAAGAAAAGGAGGUGUAUUUAGAUCUUCGGUGGGACCCAAAUCUAAGCCUACCUCGUCUACACUAAAACAAAACAUUACCAGGUAUUUCUGUAGUAGGGCAAUUUCAUACUAAAACAUUGCAAUUACUGUUUUGGCACUGGAUAUUGCAUGGGCACUGCAUGGCUAGAUUCCCACCAUUUUACUUAGCAGUUUCUAGGCCUAGUAUUCAUGAACCCGUUCCAUACUUGCUGAACUGAGUAGAAAUUAUGUGCGCGAAAAGUUAAAGUCGUGAAUUAAAUGUGCGACUUAGUUUCUCGAUUGUGUGUACAUACCAUCUCUGUCUAGCUUUUCACACACCGACCUAUAACACCCUCUCUCGUCAGUACUGGAGUACACAGAGUAUGGAGUCAUACAUGCAAUAAUAUUCUUUCACGAGAGACCAUCAGUAGAAGAUAAACAAUGUAACAACUAGCAGUAUAAUACUAACCCACACAAGUGUAUGGGAUUCCCGUGAGCAUGUUUCUGAUGCUCGGUGGUACAUUAGUACUUUUAUCCCAUUAUUAAAAAUGGGCAAACACAGUGGUGACAACUCACUUCAAGCCAAAAAUUCCUGCAUGUUCAGUUCCAUAUGCAAGCAUGUCAGCUACAUUUGCAAGAAACAAGACAUUGCAGGAAUAUUUUUGCCCUGACAAAGUUGUCAAACUAACACUGUAAUGUAUAGAAUCAGCUUUCAACACGAACCAGAAAGCUAUUUGUGCCAGCGCAAUUACAUUUUAACAUAUUUUGGGGCUUUGAGGUCAAUCUGGCUAUGAUUUUUAAAAUAGCUACCACACGCACAGUGACUCAGCAUCGAAGCGUCAUUUGCUUAGAGGCGGAGCUAUGUAUAUUAAUUUAUGAACAAGGAAGGUGGUCAUGAAACUUCAUAACUGGAUUAUUUAGACUUUGCCGUAUUAAGAGUUCAGUGACAGGGAAUUAUGUGGAUUAAAUAGAAAUCACACACGCAUACGCGCAACUGCGUUACGUGCGUUCUACGUAUCUGGGAGCAAUAAAAUUGCAGCAUGUCCUGAUCCAUCUGACAUGCCAGAACAUGAAGGAAGAAUUGUUUUGCUGCCAACAAUUUGUCAAACUGACACCGUAGAAUGCACUUCUGCACGUAUAUAUGCGUGCGCAAGGUCCGUUUUUGUGCAUUCAUCCUCCUGCUUUUUACGUACUAAAAUAUAUUUUUGUUCCUCGCCAUAAGAGAAUUCAAUCUUAAGCUUUUCGAAAAUGCUGUAUGGUAUACCUCUUAAGAAAGCAAGUUUUGUGUCUAAAAUUUACAGGCUUCUUCUAGAGUAACUGUAGGAAGUGCCAGACCUGAAACCUGCCUCAGUAUCGUUGCUUAACUUAAUGCUAGAGUAUUUGAAAACUGGUGACUUUAUUUUGGAUCGUGUAUUAUCUGCAAAGAUUGGGGAUCACAUUGAUAGGCAUUUUCUAUGAUGUUGGUGUGGAGAUGUAUGUUAUGUUGUACGAUGGCGGCGUGUGGUCUACUGGUUAUACACGAGUGGCCAGUUUGGAUAGUGCACGGGGGC